AUGGGUAACUCAACAGGAAGCACCGUGGACGACCUGCAGUCGGUGGAGAUGCACCUCUGGUACAAGAAGUUCAUGACUGAGUGCCCCUCAGGUCAGCUCACCCUGCAUGAGUUCAAGCAGAUCUUCGGGCUGCGAGGGUUGGACCCAGAGGCCAACGCCUACAUAGAGCAAAUGUUCCGCACGUUUGACAUGAACAAGGAUGGCUACAUUGACUUCAUGGAGUAUGUAGCUGCUCUCAGUCUGGUGAUGCGAGGAAAGAUGGAGCACAAGCUGCGCUGGUAUUUCAAACUUUAUGAUGUGGAUGGCAACGGCUGCAUUGACCGACAUGAGCUCCUCAACAUCAUAAAGGCCAUCCGUGCAAUCAAUGGGAAUGAAAGUCAGGAUGGAUCUGCUGAGGAUUUCACUAACCGUGUGUUUGACCGGAUUGACAUAAACGGAGAUGGCGAGCUUUCCUUGGAGGAGUUUGUUGCCGGCGCUCGCAGUGACGAAGAUUUCAUGGAGGUGAUGAUGAAAAGUCUGGACCUCACACACAUUGUGGCCAUGAUUGACAAGAGGAGGCACAGCAUUUAGGAUCUGCCCACCCAAACUACCUCAUCCUCAUUCAUGAU